CGAUGUGCACGCGAAGAUUUCAGACGCGCGCGUGUCUGUAGAAAUGUUUGCUCAACAAAGGAAAAACAGAGAACCUAUGGAAGAGGAUGCAAAAGAGUAGGACUCUUUCAGGCUGUAUAAAGUGCUUAUAUAAAGCGUGCGAUAUUUAACCUCAUGGAGUUAUCAGAUCAUUCAUGAUGAUGUCUUAUGAAAGGCACGAGCGCUGAUCGAGCGGUCCUCUAAGAAAAAAAAAAAGGGUGCGCGCGCGUAUGCAUUCACCUGGUGGUCGGCUUCAUAACGCGUCUAUAACGCUGUGAGUUGACGUUUGGGGUUAUUUGAUGGUGCUAAGGAUAAAAACAACUAAUGAGAAAGUUGCGCGCAGCACAGCGUUUCACCUGAGAAAAUCUGAGCCACACCGUUGCUUUUGUAGAAAUUAUGGGAAAUGGAUAAACUCACCAUUAUUUCAGGAUGUCUGUUUCUUGCUGCUGAUAUUUUUGCCAUUGCCAGCGUCGUAAACCCAGACUGGAUCAACACUGGAGAGGAAGAAGGUGCCCUGACCAUGGGGCUGGUCCGGCAGUGUCAGACGAUUCACGGGCGUGACAGGAUCUGUUCGCCCCCGAGCCUUUCUCCAGAAUGGCUGGCCACUCUCUUCUUCAUAAUCCUGGGCAUCAUUUCACUGUCCAUCACUUGUGCUCUGUUGGUGAUGUCACACUGGCAUCAGGAGACAGCGAAGUACGCCCGCUGGAUCGCUUUCACAGGAAUGGUCAUGUUCUGUCUGGCAGCUCUUAUAUUUCCAACAGGAUUUUAUAUCAGCGAAGUUGGUGGACAACCUUAUAAGUUACCGAACAGCACUGUCGUCGGAUCUUCAUACGUACUUUUUGUCCUGUCGAUAUUUUUUACAAUCGUUGGACUGCUGUUUGCUGGGAAAGUCUGUCUGCCCGGCUGACUCUUAAACAUGACCGUGAAAAAAAGUAGAAAGUUAAAAGGAAAUAAUCUUCACCACUGAUGCGUUUGCCAGCUGUAGAACUUUGCACAAAGCAUGAAGAGCCACUUCUUAGAAAGUGAAAAGCCACAAAGACUGCUGACAAGAUUUUAUACACACACACACACACACACACACACACUAUGUCAAGACUUGUGUCCUAGAGAUGCACGAUAUCCACUAACACCGAUACGUAUCUGUUCAGUAUUGUCUUCUACUGAUGAUUAUUUUUAAUGAUACCUUUUUUUCCUUUCUUUUAACAUCAUUUUUGUGGUUGUAUCCUUGAUCUCAUGGCAUGUGAAAACCUUUAUUUAAAUGCAGCGCACAUUUUCUUUUGGGCAUAAAAGUAAAAGAUGAUUGUGAAUAA